AUGCUCGAGAUCAAAGUAAACGGUGUUGCACCUCGUGGGGCCAUGCGUUCCCUUUGCGAGCAGUAUGGAAUCACUCGGCAGGGGAUGUCUCGCAUCUGGAAGCUCGGACAACAGACCAAGGCCAGCCUUGGGAGCACGAAUGUCUCUUCCCGCAAGCGUGGCAACUGUGGUCGCCGUCCGAAACACACAGACAGUGAACUCGAGGCCAUGAUCAAAGCUGUCCCAAAGUUUGCACGCUCUACCUACCGCAGCUUGUCAGCAGCCACCUCGAUUCCCUUGCCAACCCUGUGGAAGCUGCUCGACCGGAAGCUCCUGUGCCGUCGAACGAGCAGAUUGAAGCCCAUACUGACACCAAGCCACAAGACGCAGAAGAUUGAUUUCGUCCGCGGUUUCGUGCGUCAACAUGGCCAACGGUGUUACAAGUGGCAGGGCAUGAUGGACAGACUGUGGCACGAUGAGGACAUACCGCAGCGCAAGUGCAUGUCGAAGCGCCAUAUCCAAAAAGUCAUGUUCUUGACCACAGUGGCACGGCCACGCUUUGACUUUGCAAGGUACACCAUGUGGGACGGAAAGCUUGGCACCUGGGCGCUCGGCGAAACUGAGUUGUCGAAGCCAUCAAGCAAAAAUCGCGCGCGUGGUACCCUGGUGACGACUCCGCAAGACAAUGCGAGACCCCACGUCAACAACGAUGACCCUGUCAUUGUGUCUCCUGGGCGCGCCAAUGGAUGGGACAUUCGUCUGGUUUCGCAGCCGCCUAUGAGUCCUGACUUUUAUGUUUUGGAGCUAGGAUUCUUCAACGCAAUUCAGGCGUUGCAGCAUCAGAAGGUUACCCGUUGUGUGGACGACCUCCUGCCUGCCGUCAAGGAUGCCUUCGUGGAUUUGGAUUGGAAGGUUUUGGACAAGACCUUUAUAACUCUACAAAAGGUCCUGGAGGAGGCAUUCAAAUUCGGUGGUGACAACGUUUACCGUCUUCCUCAUCUCAAGAAGGAUCAAGCCUUCAAGAAAGCUCGCCAAGUUCUGCGGCCAAACUGCGAAGAGGAUGUGUGCUCUGCGCUUGACGCAAUGGACCGGCGCUUUGAUUCAAAUCUUAAUGGUCAAAACUACACCAUGGUGCUCAACAUCAUCGGCCGCGGCAUACUGUCCAUCUUUGAAACGAUCAACGUGCCGUUGUACUUGGACGUGACGGGCUACUCGAACGCCAACGCCGUCGCAUCCACCGCGUCAUUCCAGUUCGACAUGGGCCUGCUGGGGCUGCUCAGCUACCUCGCCUUAUAG